GCCCUCUCUACCGUUGCCUUGGCAACCUGGGCCCCCACCUGACCCAUUUCUUUUCAUGUACACUACUCUGAAUUACCAGAGAAUGGGCCGAUUCAUGGUGGAGGUUUGUUGCCCAAAGCAAUUCAGCCUUUCACCCCUGGCCGGAAGGUUUACCUUUCUCCCACACCCCAGUCGUUCCUCAGGCACCUUAAAUUACACUCACGCCCAUCUAGGCUCAACCUUGGCCUUGUCCCAGCGGCUAAGUAGUUCCAGCUUCCAGCAAUAGGGCUGAUCCCGCCCUCCCUGGUCUGGUCUCUAUUCUAGGUUGAGUCCAGCUUCCGCCAAUCCAUGCAAAGCCAGGUUCCGCCUGUUUGUAACUGGUUGCAGCUCGACCCCGCCCCCGUAGAUACUUAGUUUCCGCCACUCAGCACACACUUUUGUAUGUCUGGCAGCUGCUCCGUUCUAAAUUCGUCUUUUCCAGCCAAUCACUACACAGUUACCCUGCCCGCCUACGCAGUACCCAGAUCUCCUCCCUGCGGGCUGGUAUGCCUGUAUACUUCUAUACAAGUCUUGCUUCCGCUGAGCUGCGUGGAGUUCGGCACCGCCCCGUUGGGGUUUUGGCAGCCGUCUAGGGAGUCGCUCGGUAGCCAAUCAGCAGAAAGCAGGACCUAAUCACCCGUAUCCUCGGAGGCUGGCUGUCUUCCGUCAAUCCCAUAUAGGCCAAUCCAUGCGAGGCAGGCGCCCCCAAAACCUUGUCAAUCGCCCCCGGCCUAUCAGUCUGUCUUGAGCCAAUCAGCGUGAAGCACCGCAGGGCCGAGCUCUCCUCUUCGGAACCCAGGCGGCCAUCAGCGUUCCAUCAGUUCCCCUCGGGCCAAUCACAGCAUAGGUCUGUGGAGCAGUGCCCGCCUCCCCAGCCCUGGAAGCCGCGCGGUCGAUCCAUGGUACUUUGGCCAAUUAGCGAGCGGCAGAACGCUCGGCUCCUCCUUCACGGGCCCACGUGAGCGGUGAAGAAACGCAGGGGCGGCUUCUAGGUGCCGCCGCCACCUCCGCCGCCGCCGCCGCCGCCUCCGCCUCGGAGCCCGGGCCUGGGGGGCGGUGGGGCAACGCAUGGAGCCCCCGCCCCCCGGAGCUGCCAACACCGCCGCUGCUCUACGCGCAGCCACUUAGCUCUGAGCUGUCUGCCCUCCAGGUACCCCUGGGAUGGCGUGAGCACUUCCCCAGCGAUGGACCCUUCUGUGACGCUGUGGCAGUUUCUGCUGCAGCUGCUGAGAGAGCAAGGCAAUGGCCACAUCAUCUCCUGGACCUCACGGGAUGGUGGUGAGUUCAAGCUGGUGGACGCUGAGGAGGUGGCCCGGCUAUGGGGGCUGCGCAAGAAUAAGACCAACAUGAAUUAUGAUAAGCUCAGCCGGGCCUUGCGGUACUAUUACGACAAGAAUAUCAUCCGCAAAGUGAGCGGCCAGAAGUUUGUCUACAAGUUUGUGUCCUACCCUGAGGUCGCAGGGUGCUCCACUGAGGACUGCCCGCCUCAGCCUGAGGUGUCUGUCACCUCCACUCUGGCAAAUGCAGGCGCCACAGCUGUACACGCCAUCCCCGGGGACACUGCCUCUGGGAAGCCAGGCACACUCAAGGGUGCAGGAAUGGCAGGCCCAGGUGGCUUGGCACGCAGCAGCCGAAAUGAUUACAUGCGCUCAGGCCUCUAUUCCACCUUCACCAUCCAGUCCCUGCAGCCACAACCGCCCUCUCACCCUCGACCUUCCACAGUGCUCCCCAACACCGGCCCUGCAGGAGUAGCAGUGCCUCCCUCGGGGAGCAGGAGCACCAGUCCAAACCCCUUGGAGGCCUGCCUGGAGGCUGAGGAGGCUGGCCUGCCUCUGCAGGUCAUCCUGACCCCACCCGAGGCCCCAAACCUUAAAUCCGAAGAGCCAAAUAUGGAGCCUGGGUUGGGCCGGCCACUGCCUCCAGAAGUCAAAGUGGAAGAGCCCAAGGAAGAGUUAGAAGCUUCAGCCAGUGGGGAGGCGGGGUUUGUGCUGGAAGCCGUCAAGGCCGAGCCCUUUGAACCCAAAGUCGACCCAGAAGUUCCUCCAGCAGAGGGCGUGCCAGCCCGGCUGUCUGCUGUCGUAAUGGAAACUGCGGCGCAGGUGGGCAGCCUCACGGCUUCCACAACACCCAGCACGGAGAUCGCCCAGCCUCAGAAGGGCCGGAAGCCCCGGGACCUGGAGCUUCCACUCAGCCCGAGCCUGCUGGGUGGACCAGGACCCGAACGGACUCCGGGAUCGGGAACUGGUUCAGGUCUACAGGCGCCAGGUCCAGCUCUGACGCCUUCCCUGCUACCUACGCACACAUUGACCCCGGUGCUGCUGACUCCCAGCUCGCUGCCCCCCAGCAUUCACUUCUGGAGCACCCUGAGUCCCAUUGCACCCCGUAGCCCGGCCAAGCUCUCCUUCCAGUUUCCGUCCAGUGGCAGCGCCCAGGUGCACAUCCCUUCCAUCAGCGUGGAUGGCCUCUCAACCCCCGUGGUGCUCUCCCCAGGGCCCCAGAAGCCAUGACUAUCACCACCACCACCACAACCACCACCACCCCUUUCUGGGGUUACUCCUUCCAUGCCCUGAACUUCUCUCCAGCCAGCUGUCUCAAGGAGAAACAUAGUUAAGCUGACAGACUCGUGCUCCAGUCGUGGUUGGGUAGGGAUUCUUAGGAAGAAGGAUCUCUCAAUAACCCUUCCACAAAAAAACAUACAACUUCUCUCUUCUUGAUCAGUCCCCCAGUGGCCGCUCUUAUACGUCUCCUACUGCAGUGGUGGGGAUGGUUUAUUUAUUUAUUUUUUGAAGGCCACUGGGAGGAGCCUGGCCCAACUCUUUUGGAGGGGGUGGCAAGGGCAUCUCCCCCGUGUUCCACAUUUUUUCCCCAAGAUGAGACAAUCGGGGUCUGGCUUGAGACAGGCCUUUCUUUAUUUAUUUCUCAGCCUGCCCUUGGGGAGCUGAGGGAGCCCUGUCUUCACUUUGGGGUAUGGGUAGAAGAGCUAGCUUGUUGUAGUUUAUUAUUCCUGGCCCUCCCCAAGGGUCCAGGAAGAAUUUGUGCCAUUUAAUGGUUUGGGAGUCUUGGCCAAGGAAGACUCACACCCUUGGAGAUGGGAAUUUCCACCUCCCCAGCCUUUCUCUCAGACAGGUUGUCCUUUCUCAACCACCUUUUCGGCCAGGGAGGAAUGUCCCUUUUGUUCUUCUCCCCCUGAGAAGCCAUUCCUGUGUCUGCCAAACUCCUGGGGUCCUGCCUGUUACCUCCCAAUGGAGGGAUUUUUGGGGCGUGGUCCCCGUCUGGGGGGCCCCUCCAGCCAGUACUCCAGGUCUCCCUGUCCCCCACCCCCUUCCAUUUUGAUAGUAUAAUCUAUUUUUAAACAGGGCUUUUCAAUAAGGGAGAGGGAGGUAUCUCUUCCUAUAUCUGAGAUGGGGUGGGUGGGAAGGAAGGGAUUUGGGGGAUCUCCCUGCCACCCCCAAGUGUUUAUUUUUGAUACCAAAUGUGUAUUUUCAACUCCCUCCCAGCCCCCCAAUUUUCCUGCGGGCGGGUACAAAGGACCCUUUAUGUGUCCCUGGAGUUGGGAGGGAGGAACAAGGGACAUAAAGCCUGCUCAAUCUGAAUUCCAGGCUGGAGGAGGGUGGGUUCAGAGGACUCCUGGGUUCACCUCCCAUCAGCACCGUCCCAGCCCAGGCCUAUGACCUGGGUCUUGGUGAUUUGGGGGACGGUGCUACACCUGUCUCCACUGUUUGUUUUACUUUUUCCCAAAUGAAUUUUUUUUUCUAAGAGUCCCAGAGAAUGGGGAAUUGUUCCUGUAAAUAUAUAUUUUUAAAGGUGA